UAGCCUUUCACCGAUGCAAAUAAGACAUUUCCUCUGUUGUCGGUCCACUCCAGCGACGGCCGCUUCCACUCUGCGAUUGUCAUUCUGAUGGCGGUAAUGGCGGGUUCGAGGUAGCCACGGCCGUGACCUCUCCCCUUGAGAGUGCUGAACACACCGCGCAGCUAUUUCUGGAGUUUUCUCCCGUAAUGCCGCUCGUUUGUGAGAGAGGGAGCUUGAGAUUGAGCGUCCUAAUUCCAUCUCCGCUAACGCCCCGCUCCGUGCGAGUCCCUUAAUCCGACCGGCUUGUUAAAAGGUGCUGCAUCACUUCGGGGGGCUCCAGAACACAUCUUCCUUCCAACGGAUCCAUCGUCUCCCAGCUGUUCCCCGCUUGAGAAGAACCACAGGCGGUUUAUUCUAGCGUUGAGGUCUCGAAAUCACCGAGCGUCAGCCAUGAACGGCACAGAAGGACCAGACUUCUAUGUCCCCAUGUCCAACCGGACCGGCUUGGUCCGCAGCCCGUUCGAGUACCCUCAGUACUACCUGGCCGAGCCCUGGAAGUACUCUCUCCUGGCCGCGUACAUGCUGUUCCUCAUCGCCACCGCCUUCCCCGUCAACUUCCUCACGCUCUACGUCACGGUCCGAAACAAGAAGCUGAGGAACCCUCUGAACUUUGUGCUGCUCAACCUGGCGGUGGCCGACCUCUUCAUGAUCGUGGGGGGCUUCACGGUGACCCUCUUCACCGCCCUAAACGGGUACUUCAUCUUAGGGGUCACCGGCUGCAACGUGGAAGGUUUCUUCGCCACUUUGGGAGGGGAGAUCGCUCUGUGGUCUCUAGUGGUUCUGGCUGUAGAGCGCUACGUUGUGGUCUGCAAGCCAAUGAGCAACUUCCGCUUCGGGGAGAAACACGCCAUCGCCGGCCUGCUGUUCACGUGGAUCAUGGCCAUGACCUGUGCUGCCCCCCCUCUGCUCGGAUGGUCCCGGUACAUCCCGGAGGGGAUGCAGUGCUCCUGUGGCAUCGACUACUACACCCCCAAGCCCGAGAUCCACAACACCUCGUUCGUCAUCUACAUGUUUGUCCUCCAUUUCUCCAUCCCCCUCUUCAUCAUUUUCUUCUGCUACGGUCGCCUUCUCUGCACUGUGCGAGCGGCUGCAGCCCUGCAGCAGGAGUCUGAAACCACCCAGCGAGCGGAGAGAGAGGUGACGCGUAUGGUUGUCGUCAUGGUGAUCUCGUUCCUGGUGUGCUGGGUGCCCUACGCCACGGUGGCCUGGUACAUCUUCGCCAACCGAGGAACCGAGUUUGGACCCGUGUUCAUGACCGUGCCGGCCUUCUUCGCCAAGAGUUCUGCUCUGUACAACCCAGUCAUCUACAUCUUGUUCAACAGACAGUUUAGAAACUGCAUGAUCAUCACCAUAUUCUGUGGAAGAAAUCCUUUUGGAGACGACGAUGGCACCUCUGUUUCCACCUCCAAAACUCAGACUUCGUCCAUCUCAUCCAGCCAGGUGGCCCCCGCUUGACACCUCCCAUGUCCCAUCUGUCCUCGCUCACCUCGGGACCGGCCGCUGCCGAGCGGCACUGUGUUCCACUGGCCGAUCCUCUUGACCCUCUCCGUGUGUCUUCGCUACACCAACACAACCCCACAUUUGGUGGGACUGACAAACUGAACAGCCAGCAUGUGUAUUUUCAAUCCAUUUAAUCAUGGAAAGUGUUCAGCUGGGCUGCACAGAGUGGAACCUGGCAUCAAGGGGGGUGUCGCCCAUGUGAUUAUCCAGCUGACCGCAUUCCAAGCUCCCCACCACCCACCCAAACACUCACCAUGCCACACCAGUUCAUCCACAUCCAUUGUUCUUCCAUGUAAUUGCAGCUAUACAUGUCCCCAUAAUGCGCUUCAAAAAAUGCACGUUAGUUUAUUAAUUAUAUUUAUAUAUAUAUUUAUUUUUAAGGCAUCUGGUGGGCCUGUCCUCUGGUCUUGGUGUUGUUGGCUCUUGGCAUCGACUGAGUGUAA